AUGUCUGUGCGAGGCCGACCCUACGACGGGAGGCAUCUUCAGGUCGAUUUUGACGGAGAUGAUCACAUGAUGCAGCUUUGGCAGAAGGCUUCGACGACGAAGAACCAUAGCGAUACGGUAAGGCUGUGGACGUAUGCCUUGUUCAAGCUUGUGUACGAAAACCCCACUAUGAUCGGAGCUUCCGACUCCAUCGCGACCCCCUGCCAAGUCGGAUCAGGCAGAACCAUCCUCCACGCCGCCGUGAGCGGCUCGGCAAAAGACGUCUGCGAUGCGGAAGACGAAGUGCUUGAUUAUAUCCAUCUUCAUAACGCCGCAAUUGGGCUAGGAACCUGGGUCCUGGUCGCAUGCGGGCCCACCGCAAAGCUCUGGAGCUGCUACCCCAGCUCGGGGGGGUCGCAAAGCAGAUUAAAAUUCUUGCCGGUGGACGACGCAACCGAAGUUACCGAUCUACAGGCCAGCGAAGCCGGCGGAUUCCAGGGCAUCAUGGUGGCCGGCAGAGUCAUAGAUUUCCCCGCCGAUACCCUCUGGCUCAAGGCCGUCAUCUUAGAUGACGACGGCGUGCUGAGGUGCUGCUAUAGGUAUACCACCAGUGUUAUUGCCGGUGAGCGUUUGUACUACUGGACUUGGCGUGUGCCAGGACUACCUGAUCCGUAG